AUGUUCAAAGCACCGCACUUCAAUUGGUAUGGACGUGGCUUCAAGCUGCGCGCUGCGAUCACGAUCGCAUGCCAGAUGGCCUUCAUUUUGUUCGGCUACGACCAAGGCGUGUUCGGUGGUAUCGUUGGUAAUCCACACUUCCUCGACACGUUCAAUCACCCAGCGCCAGGCCUCGAAGGUAUCAUCGUUUCCAUCUAUAAUCUGGGAUGUUUCACCGGUUGCGUCCUGGCCUUCUUCUUUUGCGAGAAGACUGGUCGGCGUUUGGCCAUGUGGAUAGCCAUGGUCUGGAUCAUCGUGGGUGCAAUAUUGCAGACAACAGCAUACUCCGUUCCGCAUUUGAUGAUCGCACGAUUUAUAACUGGUAUUGGAACGGGUAUCGAGACAUCAACCGUGCCCAUGUAUCAGUCAGAACUUUGCGAAGCGGAAAAGCGAGGAAGGCUGGUCAGCUCCGAACCCUUGUUCGUCGGUGUGGGCAUCGAGAUUGCGUACUGGUUUGAUUAUGGGAUGAGUUACACCUCGGGCAGCAUUGCUUGGAGGUUGCCAAUCGCAUGUCAAAUGAUCUUUGCAAUUUUUGUGAUCAUCCUCGUGUUCGGUCUCCCUGAGUCACCGCGCUACUUAUACAAGCACGGACGAAGCGAAGAAGCGCUCGCGAUAUUGUGCGAUGUAUAUGACAGUACACCGGACGACCCAAAGAUUGCGAAGGAGAAUGCCGAGAUUCUAGAAGCGUUGAAAGUUGAACAAGAGCACGGAGAAUACAAAUGGAGUCAAUUGCUGAAGAAAGACAAAGUGCAAACGGGACGACGUGUCCUACUUGCUUAUGGCAUGCAAUUCAUGAACCAGAUGGGCGGAAUCAACUUGGUGGUGUAUUAUAUCACAUCAGUGUUGCAGCUCAAUGUUGGACUCGACCGAAAUCUCUCUCUUUUGCUCGGAGGUGUCAUCAACCUUAUGUUCUUCAUUGGUUCACUUUUCCCCACGUUUUUCCUAGAUCGCAUUGGCAGGCGAAAGCCAAUGAUGUGGGGCUCCUUUGGUUUGGGGGUUUCCAUGAUGUUGAUCUCCAUCCUGCUGAGCUUCAAAAAUCAGGGAGGUAGUGUAGCGAAGUCGACAGCGGCUGCCAGUGUCACGUUCUUCUUCACCUACAUGCUUAUUUUUGGUGCAACAGCGAAUUGCAUCCCGUGGGUCUACGUGCCGGAAAUCCUACCUCUCCAUGUGCGAGCCAAAGGAACAGCCGUAGGCAUCUCGGCCAACUGGAUCUGGAAUUUCUUCGUCGUCAUGAUCACGCCCACACUGCUUAACAACUUGGAGUGGAAGGGCUAUUUGAUCUUCAUGUGCUUGAACUUCGCAUUCGUGCCGCUCGUGUACUUCUGCUACCCCGAAACGUCAAAUCUUACGCUUGAGGAGAUAGACUGGUUGUUUUAUGAAGGCGACGUUGUUAAGAGGAGUGUGAGGGUCUCGAAGGAAGGCUGGGAAGAAGGCGUCGGCUGGGGCAGUAGCGUGCAUGGCCCAUCGCCUGCUGUCCUCGAGAGCGGAAGCUUGUCGAGCAAGGAAAAGACGAAUGUAGUGGAACAGAACGAGAACAAAGCAGGCUGA